UCUCAGAAAAAUAUUAUUUUUCUGUUUCAUAAUCUUCAUAUAUUUGUGUCUAAAUAUGAAAUUACUGAUUCUCCAGUUGACUCUAUUUCAACUCAAUUCAAUUUUUGCACAAGACAAUGCGGCGGACUUGGAAUUCUCCCCGUAUGUGUUCAAACACGUGGAUAUUCCAUUUAAAAAUAACAACUACGCAAAAGACUGGUUCGGCUCCGACGUGGCUCUCGUACAACAUCCAUUACUAGCUCCUGCAAAAUCAGUAAAGCCAGGAAAUCCGGUGUCACUGCCAACAAUUGCUCCAUUAAUUGUGAAAUGGUCAGAUUUGAACAAUGUCAAAGUUAAUGAACAAAUCGGACAGAAUUUCGAAAAGAGAAUUGAUUCACAUGUUUGGUGGCCGAAUAAGUAGUUGAAAUUUCCAAUAAAAAUCUUUUGUUUU